CAUCAUCGUGCAGUCAUUGGUUGGGUCAACAGAUCACGUGAUUUGGAUAUUCACCACUGAACUCUGACCCUGCGCCCUGCGAGCCGUAAGGCCAACACGUGUGUUGAGUUAUGGGAAGAAAACUAAUUUUGGACGUUGACACUGGCAUCGAUGACUCAGCCGCCAUUAUCCUGGCAUUGAGUCACCCGGAUGUGGAAGUGCUUGGUGUCACGUGUGUAAGCGGAAACGUUCACGUGGACAAGGUCAUUCGAAAUACAUUGAGAGUUCUCAAAGUAUGUGAUCGAGUUAAUGUUCCGGUCUUCAAGGGAGCAGAUUCCCCAAUUAUACCCCACAACCGUGAACCAGUUUCCUUCCAUGGCAACGACGGACUAGGGGAAAUUGACUGGGACGAAGAGGUCGACACAAGUGUCGUCCAAUCAGAACACGCCGUCAAUGCUCUUAUUCGAUUGGUCAACUUGUUUCCAGGGGAGAUUACUCUAGUUCCUGUUGGGCCACUUACAAACAUCGCACUGGCAUUGAAAAUGGACCCGGAGUUCGGCAAGAAGGUGAAGGACGUCUACAUCAUGGGUGGUAACUAUAAAGGUAUAGGAAACAUCACUAUGAGCGGAGAGUUCAACUUCCACUCUGACCCGGAGGCGGCCUUCAUCAGUCUGCACGGCCUCGGUGACGUCAAUGUUGUCCCAUGGGAGACUUGCAUGGACGCGGAGAUUCCAUGGGCCUCAUAUGACAAAUGGAUGAAGGCUGAGACUCCCAAAAGCAAGUUUGUGGAGAGAAUGACGAAUUACUGGGUUGUGAAACGCGACUUCCGGAAUACACGGACGGGCAUCCGGUUGUGUGAUCUGAACGCCAUGGCUGCCUGUAUCAACGAAACGUCGAUCUUGGAAAAGAAGAAGGUUUAUGCAACGAUAGAACUUUGCGGCGCUGUCACACGAGGGCAGAUGGCUGUCGACUGGCGAACAAAUUCUAACGAAACGCCAAAUGUUACCGUUAUAACUAAAAUAUGUACCGAGGCUGUGACGCGACUAUUUGCAGAUGCCCUGAGUUGAUGAAACUGGGAACUGUGUUCGCAGUAACCCCAAAACCUGUGUUCGUCAUCACGAGGCGACUACGUCCAUAUAGUGGUCAAGUUGUGGUUUGGUAGAUGACGAGUCAUUGUACCCCGGCGGUGAGGGGGCUUAUCUUUCUUAUGUCAAACACUCUUCAGUCUGAUCCAAAAUAUUCUUUUGCAAGCCACCGUGUUGUUGCAGGAAUAUUGCUGAAUUGUACAGCAAAUGCAAAGACAACAUUGAAUGAAUUCUCUGGGAUUAGAUAUUCAUGUAGAAUAAGUUUUCGAUGUAAAAUGUCCAUUGAUAAUAAACAGUACUUAGAAA